GUUCUUGGUAACGAAGCCCGUACUUCAGUUUACAUCAGGGAGUUUAAAUUUAAACAUGUAAUAUUAGUUCUUAAGUUAUUGUAAAUUCGAAUAGUUCUACAAUUUCCUCAUAGCGCGCCUCUAUUGAACUAUUAUUACUUGAUAAGCGGUUUUUGUACAUAAAUAAUAAGCAAUGGCGCGAAACUUCAUAUAUUUCAAAAGAACGGCAUGUAAAUAAAUUCUGUACAUAGUUGCGAUACAUAAAAUCGUCAAAACCCAGUUAAUAAUUUGUUUGUGGGUCAAAGCCAUUGAACUCCGAUAUAUCGAAGUAGAUAAUACCAUUUCAUGUAGGUAUACAACGAAAUACAACGAACGAAAAACGAUUCUUGAAUGUAUAUUCUUAUUGACGUGCUUCAAGGAUCAAUAUAGGAUCGUACCGGGAAUAUUGUUAUUAUUUGAGCCUACUAUCAAGGAUUACUGCAAUUCAGAUGGAUAUAAGUUAGCAUUGAUGUUUAAUCCGAAAUGCCCGAUGUCAGUAGAUCUGACUCUCAGAGGUCAGAUAGCUCCCAACGACCGAGAGUAUCCUUCAAUAGGGACGUCCGUAUCAAAAGAAUCGGCAGGCCUGAAGGAAGCGUGGUUACGGCGGUCACGUCGGAUGGGGAAGGUCACCUCGUGCCAACCACUGUCCGCAGGGAGAGAGGUCAAGGGUCAAGGUCACAGUCGGCCAGGGAGGCCGCCAUAGUACUCAGGAAUGCCGAUAGUGUCAACUGUAUCCCCCUUAUGGAUACAUCCCUCCGCAACUCUACGAUUCCAAAACGAAACACCAAAGACCCCGUGAACCUGAUUCAAAUCAACAAUAAGCCAAGACGAAAACUGACAAGAAGUGCCAGUGAUGCAGGAAGCAGACAUGAUAGAAGCAAAUACGGUCCCGGAAAAUCCUAUUGGUCGGAAAAUGAAGGCGAAGAUAGUGCCAGCAGUGAGGGAGGUAGACAGAAACUCAGGAAACAAGAAGAGAAGAAGAUAAAUAUUUUCGCAACAUUGAAUAACAGAUUGAGAGGGAAAAAGAAGAAGAAAAGUUCCAAUUUGGAAAGGAGUUUAUUCGAGGAUAGAAGGCCGAAUACACCAACUAGAAGAAAUGAGACGGGACUUGAUGAUUCAAAUUUAAAGUCAGACAAGUUAAAGUCGAAAUCCAUAGAGAAUCUGCUUCCUGACACUGGAGGAUACCGAGAGAAAAAGAGCCAAAUAACACAAACUUCAACUCUCCCACGUCGAUCGAAAAAUAGCAAAAAGCAGUUGUCACCGAUUAUUGAAGACGAACCUAUUGCUAGCAAUCCUAGAGGAUCACCUUUCGAUUUCGAUAAUCAAGACAGACGAAUGAAAUCAAUUCAAGAUGACACUACUUUAAAUCCAACUCCGAAAAUAGUUAUUGAGCCUCCAACUCCAAUUUAUGAAGUUGACCAAAAGAUUUUCGCGUCAUCGAAGGAAGGAAGUGAUCAAAAGGAUAAUAGAAAAAGUUUGAGUCUGAUGGAUAUGAAAUCUAAAGACUCCCGAUCAAUUAGGAGAAUCGAGGAAGAUGGUGGUCGCAAAGCAGUUGAUAAGGAUGACAGAGGACGAUCAUCGUCCAUACGAGAUUACACAAAAAAUGAACAAGAUGAUAAUAAACUUGUCACGAGGGAAGUUGAUGACCUGAGCUCACGUAAGGACGAUAAAAAGAGAAGAAGCAAGUCUAAAGCUGAGGCAAAAAGUCGCAGCAAGUUUUAUGACACGGAGGAGUGGCUUUCAUCUGAAGAAGACUUCAGUCUUGCACAUGAUAAUGGUCACUACAAAAGUUAUGAUUACGGCCUCCUUGAUCCGGAUGUGAGUUUGACGAAUAUCGACGAGAUAAAUGCUAAAAAUGAUAUUAGUGGAGAGGGCAAAAACGUAGAAGAAAAAACUCAUGGUGAGAGUGUAAAGGAGUCAGAAUCUACAUUCAAAGGAACUGUGGGUAGAAAAUCUGCGAAUGAGAAAGAGGAAGGGGAGGAUAGGUUGUCAAACGUGAAGAAAAGCAAACUCAAACGAACCAGUUCAUUGAAUCUGAGUCCAGAAAGGCGGCUGUUUACUGGUGAUAAUGGGAGGGUAGAUAGUAUAAAGAAUAAGAUAAGAACAACAGAAGAAGAAGAAGUUACUAAAGGCGGGAAUAAUUCCCAGAAAAAAGUUGAAAAGAGAAAUAGUUUGUCGAGAAGAUUCUUCGAAAAAGAUAAAAGAUCAUCUUUAGAGGGUGUUGGUGAUAAAUUUGAUAAGCGUAACGCAACAGAAGAUAGUAGAAGAAAACUGGUGACGUCAGAUGAGGAAGAGAAUAUGAGUAGGAGGACGGUUGGUAUGCUUGUGGAAGAACUAUCCCGUAAACAAAGUGCAAACAAAAGGAAGGAGAACCUGCAAGUUGAUAAGUUGAAGAGUGUCGGUCCGCUCAUAGAUCCCCUAUUGGAUCUUGAUAGACAACACAACAAUAACAAGCCUUUCUCAUACACUGAUCCUUAUAAGUCACCUCCGCCUCUUCUAGCCGCGGUCAGUGUGGAUGCAAAACAGGCGGCAACUGCGCCCACGGAAGAAGUCAUCUACGCCGAAGUAAUCUGCACGCCGGCAGCGAAGGUUGGCGGCAACGUGGGAGUGCAGAGAGCUGGACAUCCUUCAACUCCCAGCGCUGGCCUUGCAGCCACAGCCGAGUUUGGAGUCAGUCGUGAACCGAGCAGUGAAUUGGCUACAUCCAUUCGUUCGCCUCGAGAGCUUGUGCACCACAUCAGAAAAGAGACCGACGCCUCUACGCCACCCAAAAGCCACAAGACCACCGUCCACACCGUCGUCAAACGAACUACCACCAGCAACCCAUCUGGCAAACUCAACGAACACGACCACAGCGAUACUCUACCAGGUAAACAACCCAAAAUUGAAUCAAAUGUGAACCAGAACUUUAGAAAAACUAAAACAGAAUUCAACGUCGAUUUGAACCAAACAACUACUGAUAACAGCACUAAUAAUUACAAUAAUUAUAGCUCCCCUAACAGUAAUAGGAAAAGUCUAGGAUCUGAUAACAGUAGUUCAACUAAUCGCGAGCGAAACUCGAGUUUAAGUGAAACCAACUCAACAGCUGAAUACACUAAUGAUUACUCCAUCAAAAGUGGGAGGAUCACGAAGAACGAUAAUAAUAAACGUAAAAAGGAAUCCAGUGAGGUUUUCAGUAUCGAUGCUGAUAGUGGAAAGAAAGUUGUAAGUAGGAAAGCGUAUUUUGUAGAUGAUUAUAAUUUUACACCAAUCGUUGAAGAAACCAGGGAAUCUAGUACUUUUGUGGAGAAGAAUCGCCAUCACCAAUCAUCUCCAUCGUUGUACUUCUCAAAAAGUGAACGUGAUCUGCCACAGGAGAUCAGAGGGGAGGAAACUGAAGGAAAACGAGAAUCGAUUAUUGAAAUAGACGUAGAAAGAGAAGAGUUUGAAGACCAUCAUCAUUCAUACGGCUCAAAGACCCUGAAAAUGAAUACCACACGGAGUAUGUCCAGUGAGAAACUGUUGUCAGGAGAUAUCAAUGAUCUUUCUCUCAGGCGACAUCGAUUGGAGUCAAUAAUCGAUUCCCAUAAACGGCGUUUCGAGAACAGAGCAAUUAGUCCCAAUCGAUACUCGAGAACUCUUACUCGAUCUGUUUCCAAUGUGAGUCCGUCAUACAGGAACUCUAAUCACCUAAUUGAAGACGACUUAUCGAGUGCAACUAAAAAGACAAUCAAAGAGGAUCGAUAUUUCGAACGACACAUAAAACGAACUGCAUCGAAUUAUAAAGACAAGGAUAUGCUGUCAGAUGGUGCCCCACUCAAAAUUGAAGCUGGUGAUUCUUUUAGAACGAAUCGAAUUGGCAGAAACAAUUAUAAAACGUAUAAUUAUUACUUGAAGAACGAUUCGAAGAAUAAUGAGAAGUUUAAUAACGAGUACAAUUUAACGAAUAGUAUAAGAGAUAACAAGUAUCGGAGCAGUGAUAAUGUUGCAGAUAUCUACCGCAAUGAAGAGUACAAUAACGAGAGUAAUGGAACAAAGUACGGUAAAAAACACUUCAGGGAGUGGUAUACAGCAACUUCCGUGAAAAAGACUGAAAGAGGAUCGGGUGAUGAAACUAGCUAUGGGUACGGGAGUCUAAAAGGAGGAGGAGAAGACGCGGGUAGGAUCAAAGAUGAUGGUAGAAAUGGUAAAGCGUUAAUAUCCGAUGGAAAGUAUCCGAGUUUAAGAGAAGAAUCGAAUCGAGUUGCAUCGGAAAACGGUAAAGAUAACAGGAGAAGCGAUAGUGGACGAAGCAGUCGAGGAGGUUUCUUCGAAAAACUACGCAACGAACAGAAAUCAACUUCAAAAACAUCCAGUGCAAAAGAUUCACGCAAAGUGUCCGGCUUAGAGAAGGUGAGAAGGAAACUGUCUAACUGGAACAGCAGUAAAAAGAAUUCAACACAGGAUAAGGCGGAGAAGAAGGACAAAAAGAAGAAGACGAAGGAGGAAGUGCACGGCUCUAGUCUGGAUGAACAGAAAGAUCCUCUCACAUCACGGUAUUCCGAAUAUAAGGGAGAUGAGAGCGCAGACGAUCACACGGUGCGGGAGUCUGAUUACUAUGCCACAAGACAAAGAGUGUCUACUCCAGAAAAUCACCCUACUUGGUUCAGAUCUUUGGAUAGGAUCAAACAUAAGACCUCCCAUUCACGAUUAUCUGGAGAAGACACUGUGGAUAGAAAGCAUAGGCCAGUCUCAAGAGCAAAUAGCACAAGCCACAAGAACCUGAGGUUCUUUGGAGAGAGCGACAGUGGAAGCUAUCCGUCCUUGAAUACAUCUCAUUUACAGGUUCCUUCAAACAGAACUUCGUCAAGAUUGAGAUCAUCAUUAGCAUUAGACAGCUCUGCAGAGAGUACACUAGAAGAAGACAGCGGACAUUCACAGAAAAGUGUUGUUUAUUUGCAUGCAGCAACGGUCGGCGAUAUUCCGGGAUCAAGGAAGCUGCACCGUUCGCAGAUCACAGCUGGGAGAAGGUCUAUGAGCCGAGAAGAGCUUUCCUCAAACAAGACGGACUCAACAUUCGUGCCGCACAAACGAACACUCUCGAGGUCUAUCUCUGUUCUAGCACCGUGGAGGCCUAGACAUCCUCGCGAUGGAAUUGAGGAGCUACCAGAAAACGGAUUUUUCUAUCCAGAUGUGAAUGUUAUAUUGAAAGAUAGCAAUAAAAACAAGGAUAAGAUGAUUGUACAGAAAGUUGUAAGGUAAAUUACAACGACGCGGGAAAACCGCCGCGUGCCCCUAUUAACAACCGCACACUGACCAGACUCCAGCAACAAGAGGCUAAAAGGCGACCACUAUCCUCAGCCGGAGAAUCAGGACGAAACUCGAGAUCGGACCGUCGAGGUUCCGACGAGUCGCGAAGCACCGGAGUCAGUGACACCAGCACCACAAAUCAACGCCGAAGAAAAUAUGUCAGCGCAUCAGAAACGGAUCUGGCUAGGUCGAAAUCGGUACCCAGAAGUAGUAAGUUAUCGUCCGGAUGGUUUAGGGGCAAGUAGCUUCAAACAAAUAACAGUAGUGUCUCUGGAGAAAAAUAAUAUAUAAAAAAAAAUAUUCUGAUAGCAAAUUAAACAGAUUCAACAAGGGAGGAUGCAGGAUAUUCAAGAAAAACUAGUAAAGCUCUCAAGAGAUAAGAGAUAAAACGAAUAAUAAUUCAUUAUUGGAAAAGAGAAUAACAUCUUUGAAAAUAAUCGUUUUGCAAAGAAGAGUCUCAAUAGGCAUUAUAUAAGGCCUAUAUAGAUUUGAGAAAUUGAUACAGUGACUUUCUGGGAUCUACGUAAUAAGGGUUAAAUUACAGAAACAGUGCCAGUAAAAUAUAGAGGGCACGUUCUAUAAGGAAGUAGUACAGUGCUGGAGAGAGAAAGGAAUAACCAAACUAUGAAAAUGAUUAAGAGAACCUUUUCAUUGAAAAGGAAUAAGUAAUUGAAGAGUUUUUCGAAGUAGCGUUAAAUAAAAAGAAAUAAGGAUAUUUAAAUCAGUGUUCAAGAGAAAUAAAUCAUCAAACUAUCGCAUGAUAGAAUGAAAUGAAAAUUAAGAAGUGAAAAAAAUGAUAGAAAGAAAUGUUGAAUAAACGUGAAAUGAAAUUAGGAGAAUUUGAAUAGUAAUUAUGGUUGAAGUGAUUGCGAAUCGAAAAAAUAGAAUGUACCUCUGAUUUGGUGGUACAGUAAUAAUAAUAAUGUUUCUUCUACUAUAAUUUUACAUUUUAUGAAAAUCUCAGAGUCAUCACUGAUUACCAAUUAGGAUUUCUUAGAGCAAAGUGGACAAAGCCAUAUCUAACGUCUUCUUUAUAGAACUCAAGUCAUUAAUAAUGUAUAUUUAAUUCUAAUCGUUGUAAGGUGAUCUGUAAAUAUUAACACGAUUCAAACCAAUUCGUUUAGUUUGAAUUUAAUUUUUACUUUCUGUAUUUAAUUGAUCGAAACUAAGACUAUUAACGAAUGUGAUCUUCAACUAAUUUAAAAAAGGUGAUGUCUCUAGUACCAUUGUUGUUAAUAAACUCUCCUAUUUUAUUGCUAUUCAA